AUGGCAACGACCUCGAAUUUGCAGAUGACCUCCCUCCUUCGGGAGGUAGAGAAGGAUGGCACAGGAAAUGCCAACAGCACCUCAGAGAGGACUCUCCUCGAUCGUAUGGCAAGAUUUAGACAGAAUCCAUUCGACUUCGCUCAUGAGUUGUAUCUUUUCAUUCGGGGUGUUGGCUGGAGAUCCUACGACAAUGCCGAUGUGAUAGGACAGCCUGUAUUCUAUCCAGGUUACACUGCAAAGAUCAAGGGGACUGUUAUGCGAUCGCCUUUGCUACGCAAGAAACUGGAUGAAUUAGUUGAGGAAAGACUUUACAGAGAGGAAAAGGAGGAACUGCUGAGUACGGGAAAUGCUACAUUGAGACAAAUAAGAAAAGCAGAGCUGGAAUCAAGCUUGGACGAGUAUGCAGCCCUCAUGGUCGACAAGAUGAUGUGCAAAAUGGAGAGCAAGUUCCAGAUCCGGUCCGCCUUCUAUAUGUGUACGCAGCUUCUUACGCGAGUCUACAGCGGAGUCCAUGUAUCUGAGGCAGAGGUCACCCGUUUAAGAGAAGUUGCUAAACGUGCUGCUGCUCAGAAAAUGCCGAUUGUCUUUCUACCUAGGCAUACGAGUCACAUUGACUAUGUCGCGCUCCAGCUAAUCUGCUUCAGGCUCGGUAUCACCUUGCCUGUAGUUGUCGCUGGAGAGAACCUGAACUUCCCUGUUGUUGGUCCAUUCCUCCAGCAUCGUGGUGCUAUGUGGAUCAGGAGGAGCUUCGAUGGGGACGCGCUGUAUACGACACUGGUACAGGCUUAUAUUGAUACCAUGUUACAACAGGGGUACAAUCUUGAGUGCUUUAUCGAAGGCGGUCGGUCAAGAACCGGAAAGCUGUUACAACCAAAGUUUGGAUUCCUGAGUUUCUUGCUUGAUUCUGUACUCUCAGGACGGACCAAAGAUGCUUACAUCUGUCCAGUAUCCAUGCAAUACGACAAGGUCAUUGAAGUCGAUUCGUAUGUCACGGAGAUGCUUGGCAAUCCGAAGCAGAAAGAGAACCUAUCCGGUUUUCUAUCCUCCUCAUCCGUCCUCGGCAUGAACAUGGGUCGAGUCGAUUGUCGAUUCCAGGAGCCAUGGUCUCUUCGAGAAUUUGUGGACAGUCAGCUUGCACGUACUAAUGCUACAGUCAAAGCACAGGACGGCAUCGACCAGACUAACCCGGAAGUGCGGACACGUUUACUGAGGACGCUUGGUUACAAAGUCCUUGCUGAUGUCAAUGAUGUGUCAGUCGUGAUGCCAACAGCUUUGGUGGGUACUGUACUGUUAACUCUCCGAGGACGUGGCGUUGGUAGAGGUGAGCUUGGACGUCGUGUUGAUUGGCUCCGGGCUCGAAUCAAUGCGAAUGGAGGAAACGUUGCUGAUUUCCAUGGAUCGCCAACACUGGAAAUUGUGGACCGUGCUCUGAACGUUCUGGGUCCGAACCUUGUAGGCACUAUCGACGGACUUGCUGAAGAGACAUACUAUGCUGUGGAUCGGUUCCAGUUGUCGUUCUAUCGAAACAUGACUAUACAUUUAUUCAUUUCUGAGGCUUUGAUAGCUGUAUCUCUGUAUACAAAAGUCAAACAAGGUGGCGGCAGACUGGUAGAGCGCAUUCCAGAAAAGGACCUAGCAGAACAGGUAGCGUUUCUGUCGCAACUAUCGAGGGGUGAGUUCAUCUUUAGAACUGGCCAGGGCCUCGAGCACAAUUUUAAGCAUGCUUUGGAAGGCCUCGUGGAAGAUGAAAUUCUGGAAGCCACAGAAGACGAGCAACAAGGAAGAUUGAUUGGUCUAUCACAAGUUGAACGCCAGCGGGGACGUGAGAGUUUUGACUUCUAUUGCUUCUUGUUCUGGCCUUUUGUUGAUGCAGCAUGGCUUGGAGCAGUAUCGCUGCUCUGUCUCGUUCCACCGACCGGUUCGUCUACAGCAUGGAUCGAAAUGAAGAGAGCUCAAGCAUUAUGCCAAAACCUCGGACGAACACUCUACCACCAGGGUGAUCUGUCCUAUUUUGAGGCCAUUAACACAGAAGCAAUCAGAAAUGCCUAUAGCCGGUACCAAGAAGAAGGAAUUAUUCGUGUUUCUCGUCAAGGUGUCGCCAAAGGUAGCCUACUCGUCCAAGUUGCGCCGGAUUAUAUGCCGGAGAGAGAUGUAGACAGUGGUACGCUGCAACCAAAAGGUCGCCUAUGGGAACUUAUUGGUCGGAUAUCUGAACAUCGUCGUGAAGGUAAGAAUCGACGUGACCCAGCUACUGUGUCUACACGGGUAUUAGAUCUGGCAUCGAAGCUUAAUCUUGAGCUCUUUAGUGAAUUUGACGUUGAUUCGAGCAACGAGGGACCCACCCAGUUAAGAAAGAGUCGUCAGCGGAGGUCAAAACUUUGA